AUGCUCAGGGUCUCCGUCCAGUCCGCCAUGCUCCGGGACCCGGCCCCCAGGGCCCCUCAGCGCAGGGAUGGCGCCUUUUGCUCCCUGGCCCCCGCCCGCCUGGAGGACUCAGAAAAGGGGUCGGCUCUCCGCGCCACCACGGCGCUGCUUCUUUCUCUUAUUGGUUCUAAUGACCUGCGAGACCCGCUGGAGUGCAAACUGAAUUCUACGAUCUGCCGCUUCUUUUGCCUCCCACGCUUCAGAAAUGGGAGCCUCCACGGGGCCAGCUCUUCCGCAUCUUGCCGUCCAUUGGGCGUUGCGCAUGCGCUUGGCAGCCGCUCCAAUGGACCAGCGGUAUCUAUGGACGAAGACAGUGAUGUGUUCUUAAAUCAACAAGAGCCAGACACCCUUCAAAAUUUCCAACUAAGUAGUGGCUUUGUCCUCAACACUGAUGUGGCAAAGGAGAAAAUGGAAGUGGAUGUAAGCCUGCCACAAGAUCCCACCACUAUAGAUGCCAGCCUCUUUAGAAGAUCCAGCAGCAUCCCAUUGAUCAAUGGAUUCGGUGAUAACUCACAGGGAUUCCAAGUGGACAACUUAAGAAUGAGAAGGAACGGCUCACCAUUUCUGAAUCGCCAUGCUUUGUUUCUGCCUUCCCGCACUCGUAUGUCUGCCAACCGAAUUUUCCAAAUCAAACAAGAAGAAAAGAUGGAUAUAGCAAGCAGAGAAGCAAUGCAUGAACGGGAAGUGCAUACUGCAAUACAGAUAAGUCAGAGUUGGGAAGCAAGCAUAAAUCUGAAUAACACCGCCACCAUGCAGCCAUCUGUUAUAAGGAGCAUCAAACAAAUGUCAAUCUCUCCAGUGACUUCUUUCACCAAGGAACCUGGGAAGGUAAAAUGGAGCUUGAAGAUCAGCCAAGUAAAAUUUGCAAGUAUUACCAUCUUACAAUCUCCUCAAUCCUCCCAGCUGUCAACAAAAUGUUUAGGAGAAGAGUUGUCUUAAUCAACUACAGAAACUACCCAGUCUGUUCAUGUCUUCAGCAACGGAUAGCUCCAAUGGAAACAACAGACCUGUAGAGUACAAUAAAAGAAGGACGCAUGCAUA